AUGGGCAAGGAAAAGAUUCACAUUAACAUUGUCGUCAUUGGACACGUCGACUCCGGCAAGUCCACCACCACCGGUCACUUGAUUUACAAAUGUGGUGGUAUCGACAAACGUACCAUCGAGAAGUUCGAGAAGGAAGCCCAGGAAAUGGGCAAAGGUUCCUUCAAAUACGCCUGGGUAUUGGACAAAUUGAAGGCUGAACGUGAACGUGGUAUUACUAUUGAUAUUGCUUUGUGGAAGUUCGAGACCAGCAAAUACUAUGUCACCAUCAUCGACGCUCCCGGACACAGAGAUUUCAUUAAGAACAUGAUCACUGGUACAUCACAGGCUGAUUGCGCUGUACUCAUCGUCGCCGCUGGUACUGGUGAGUUCGAAGCCGGUAUUUCUAAGAACGGACAAACUCGUGAGCACGCUCUGCUCGCCUUCACACUAGGUGUCAAGCAGCUAAUUGUUGGAGUUAACAAAAUGGACUCUACUGAGCCUCCAUACAGCGAACCUCGUUUCGAGGAAAUUAAGAAGGAAGUAUCUUCUUACAUCAAAAAAAUCGGAUACAACCCAGCUGCUGUCGCUUUCGUACCCAUUUCUGGUUGGCACGGAGACAACAUGCUGGAGCCAUCCACCAAAAUGCCCUGGUUCAAGGGAUGGCAAGUGGAUCGCAAGGAAGGUAAGGCUGACGGCAAAUGCCUUAUUGAGGCCCUCGACGCCAUCUUGCCUCCAGCGCGUCCCACCGACAAGCCCCUUCGUCUUCCCCUGCAGGAUGUUUACAAAAUCGGUGGUAUUGGUACAGUGCCAGUAGGCAGAGUAGAAACAGGUGUCCUUAAACCUGGUACCAUUGUUGUUUUCGCUCCUGCCAACAUCACCACUGAAGUAAAGUCUGUUGAGAUGCACCACGAAGCUCUCCAAGAGGCUGUGCCUGGAGACAAUGUAGGUUUCAACGUGAAGAACGUAUCAGUUAAGGAAUUGCGCCGUGGUUAUGUUGCUGGUGAUUCCAAGAACAAUCCACCCAGAGGCGCGGCUGACUUCACAGCACAAGUCAUUGUACUCAACCACCCUGGUCAAAUCUCCAAUGGUUACACACCUGUAUUGGAUUGCCACACAGCUCACAUUGCCUGUAAGUUUGCUGAAAUUAAAGAAAAGGUUGACCGUCGUUCUGGUAAAUCAACUGAAGAAAAUCCUAAAUCCAUCAAAUCUGGUGAUGCGGCCAUCGUCAUCCUCCAACCUUCCAAGCCCCUCUGUGUGGAAGCUUUCCAAGAAUUCCCUCCUCUCGGUCGUUUUGCCGUGCGUGACAUGAGGCAAACUGUUGCUGUCGGUGUCAUCAAGGCUGUCAACUUCAAGGAAGGUGCAGGCGGUAAAGUGACCAAGGCUGCUGAGAAGGCCACUAAGGCAAAGAAG